CAAGCUCUUGCUAUUGGUGUUUUGCUCGUCCGAGGUUUCAAGUCAUCUUCAACAUUCGUCCGAAUUUUCUUCUACAGGUAUAUUCUCAACUCUUUUCUUGAUUGCACACAUAUUUUAAGAAAAUGGAUUCGUCCUCUUCCUCGAACAAUUCCGGCCGCUCACGGGUUGGUGCUAACCCUAGAACAGAGGGCCUAACUUCCUCGGCAUCUUCUAGAGUUGGUCCUAUCUUGGCCGGGCAUGCAUUCUUUAUCUUUAGCCAUGGACGGCAAAGUCAGACGACCCAGUCUUUACCUGUGCAGGGUAAUCUGGCGCGCGUCAAGCAAACGGCUCGCAUCAGAAGAGGGGUAACCAUGCCGGCCUCUAGCUCUGAAAGGGAGGAAUCCACUGGGCGAAUUCCGGCCGAAGGAGAACGAGAGACCCAAAGCGCUCGUCCUGCCUACCACACUCCUUCUCCGAACAUGCCGAGGAGGAACCAGAAAUCAGGGGCUCUCCAGAAGCCAGCCCGUCCAUACAUAGGACGAUCUCAGAUGAGCCAAGGACGGCUAGCUCGUCUGACCCUGCUAGUGGCUCAGAGGAGCCAUCAACCACUUCGUCUGAAAUAAGACGACGGCUAGGUCCCCUUUCUGACCCUAGGUUCAUCCUGGCCGACAACACAUGGUUAGGACGAUUAGGCUCGGACCUUAGUCCUUUUUCGGUGGCAAUGCCCAUGCCUGGCUACCACUUUGUACUUCCCGGCCGAGAGGACACUAUUUUAGUGCUCCUCCAGGCCAUUUUGCAGUUUAUCGGCUGGCAUUAGAUGCCGGCCUGCGCUUUCCCCUUCACCCUUUCAUCAGCCAACUUCUCCAGUAUUACGGCAUAGGACAUAACCAGCUUGCCCCUAACUCUUGGCAAAACAUUCUUACCUUUCUGGCCGUCUGCAAUUUAAAGGGAAAGGACCCUUCUCUGGCCGCUUUCACCCAUAUUCACUACGUCGCCAAGGUCCCUAGGACCAUUGAAGGAAGCUGGCUGAGCGUGUGCAACCGUCAAGGAUUCUUGACGUCUUGGGAUAAGACUUCCAAGAUGCACUCAUGGAAGGGCGAGUUCCUAUUUGUCCAGGCGCCCAGUAAAGCGGUGGCAAACCGUCUUCGGUAUUUUAGCCGGACAACCACAAAUACUGGACGGAUGGCCUCAUACUUGGAACUGGAGAGUAACUCUGCCGAAGAGAUGGUGGAGUACUUCCGGGUUUCGGAGUAUACUAUGGAAGAUGUUUCUUUCAAAGGUCCGUCCAAUUGGAUUCCUUUUAAGGAAAUGUUUUAUCAUGACAACUUCCUGGUCGCUGCCGGCUUAAGGCAGGACGAGGACAGAGGUAUAUCAACUGAGAAUCUUCCAAGUACAAAUUUCUAGACUUAAUUAUCAUUCGUCCAACAUUUGUUUCUCUCUUUCAGAUUCAGCCAGGAGCAAGCUCAGGAAGUCUUGGAUAGGAGAUAUGAGCUCAUCCAGAUUCGCGGACACUCUAUGGAAGGAGUACAGCAAGUCAGGUGCCGAAAAGAGGGCCGACACCUUGAAAAAUGCCCCAACUUCAAAAGCUCUGGCCGAGAAAGCCGCUGCAAAGAAACGGCCAGCAGGCACCAGUGAAGCCCCUCCCUCAAAAAAGGCAAAGGGUUUUACUGCUAAGAGGAAGAAGACCACUCGGCCGGUUCCCAAGGUCGUGAUCGACCUUCCGGCCAAGGAGGAGACCAAAGAGGAGCCAGCUGAAGUUGACUCUCGAGCCCUGGUGGCCUAUACUGGUCCGGCUGAGCAACCCGAUUCUUCGCAACCUGACGAGGUUGUCAUUCUGGACGACGCUGAACAAUCUUCCAAGCCGGACGCGGCUGUGGACGGAUCCGCCUUUUCUGGGCCAGUGGCCCAACUGGUAGGCCAGAUGCCGGCCGCUUAUAGAACGGCUUCCCGUUCUUCUGGUGAGUCCUACUAUUCCAACGUAGUUAGAACACUACGGGUUGGCGGGCGUCCGAUGAGUCCGUCCAACAAACAGACCGUGGUUAUUCCCAUCAGGUGUACUGACGAGUCUAACCUUUCAGAUAAAGGGAAGGGUCCUGCUGUUGUCGGCUCCCCUAGCCUCUCUGACGAUGAAUCUUCUCCAGCCUUUGGAAAGAUGUCGUCGUCUGAUCGUGAGAAGCUCAAGACGGAGCUGUUCAAGUGCUUUCCCGAAACUUAUAUCAAGGGGUUAAGGGGAGCAUCGUCUGGGCAUGUAGGCUACAUGUCUCAGCUUGCUGCCGAGCUUUUUGCUCGCAGCAUGAUAACAGAAGACUGGGCGAAGGAGCUCAGAAAAGAGAAUAAAAAGCUCGUCCAUGAUGUAACUGCGGCCGCCGACCAUGCUCAGUUCGUCAUUUCCGAGCAAGAGGUGUUGCACCAGCAAACCAAAGUUGCUUUGGAAAAAAGGUCGGCUGAGCUGGAAUCUCAGAUCAAAGUCUAUCUACUUCGGUUGACGGAGAUGAUAGACGAACGGGCUUCGUUGGAACGUGUUCUGACGGACGAGAGGAAUUCAGCCAUGACUAUGGCUGCCGAUUUCUUCAAGGAAAACCUCGUCCUGAAGGUCAAAAACCAAGCCCUUCGAACUGAGGUUGCAGAGACAAUUGCCGGCGCCAAAGAGGCUAUGAACACCAUCAUAGAUACCUCAAAAGAAUGGGCGGUGAAGGCUUUUGAGAUGAUGGCCGAGGAGGAGGAUAUCCCCAGAUAUGCUCGUCGGCUGGAAUUCCAAGAAGCCGUGCAUAAGGCCACCAUAACUAAAGCAGAACCUCCCGUCUUUGAAGAAUCCUCUGAGGAUGAAGAGGGAGAGGACAAUGCAGAGGCCCAGGACGAAGAGGACAACGAUCCUCCUGCCGCCUAGUUCUUUUGUUGUAUCCUGGCUGUGAGCCACUUGUAACUUUUUCCCCUUUUGUACUUAGAUGAAUUUAGGUUGUAAUCAUCUUUUUAUAUUUAUGGGAAGCUAACUUUUUCAAUCUCUGUUGUUCUAUGCUUUACUGUUUUGGACGCAUUGUCUUACAAUUCCGUGAUUAUACCAAGUACAAAAGUAGUUCGUCAUA